UGAAUAUCCAGGCACAAAUACUUAACGUGGGAAUUUUUUCAAGUCAGGACUGCACACUAUUUUCAAUGUCGAUCAAGCAUGAUCACACGCUGAAUCCCGUGGUAGCACUUGAAUUCUACUCCAGGUCGGCGGGUACCCUGCUCAUCUUAGCCGGCGAAGGCUGUUUUCUGAAAGUCUUCGAGGCCGAGUCAUCGAAAUUGAUCAGUCAGAUCAAAAUCUUUGAUUCACAGGCUAUUCACGGUAUUCUCGUUCGGGAUGUUGCGGGCAAAGACAAUGACCUGGAGGUAGUUAUUUGGGGCGGGUGUUUUCUGACUUUGCUCAGGAAGGAGACUUUUGAAACUCUUUUAUACCAGGAUCUGAGCAGUAUUGAAAAUAUUACGAGCUCACUACCAGAUUGGAUCCUCGAUGCUGCCAUCUCGCCGUACUGCAAUGAGUGUGUAUUGGUCACUGCUCAUAACACCGUUCUUCGAGCGAGACUCGACGAGGGUUCCCAAACCUUGCAUUUCGAGACAUUAAAUUCCCCAUCACGGUCAAUCUUGUACUCCGCACAUCUCCUGUGGGAGUCACCGACGUGCAUCCUGGUGGCAGCCGGAACCGUGUUCGGUGAAAUAAUAGUCUGGCAAUGCACCGUUUCUGAUGAAACAUCCUCAGCUGGGAGCCGAGUUGUGGCAACAUUUACUGGGCAUGAAGGGUCUAUAUUUGGUGUCAACAUAUCACCUCCAAUUCUGGACCAAUAUGGGAAAUCAACCAGACUUCUGGCAAGUUGUAGCGAUGAUCGUACUAUCCGUAUCUGGGAUAUUUAUGGGGACUUAACCGGCAGUACUCAGGAAGCAAACCCAGAAGCUUUGGAUACUCAGUUAUUGAGAGAGACUGGAUUUAUUAACAAUGAGCAACAAGGUGCAUCGUCACAGGUAACUGACCGAUGUGUAGCUACAGUGAUGGGCCAUGCAUCAAGGAUUUGGCGCGUCAGGUUCCAAAUCAGCAAUUCGAAUGGUUCUAAACGGCCCUCUAUAGGUGUCAUUUCUUUUGGGGAAGAUUCGACAGCACAACAAUGGGUAUUGGACUUUGAGGCAGGAUCCCAUUCACAGGACCCUUCGUCGAAUCCCUCUGGUGCCGCAAUGAAUGGUGGGGGCCAAGUCAAAGCAUGCAAACUUUCUCACUUAAACACAUUUGCCUUUCACAGUGGGAAACAUAUCUGGUCAACAGCCAUGCAUCAGUUGGGUAGUAUGAGAAACCUUCUCAUCACAGGAGGAGCGGAUGGGAAGAUAUCUGCCUACGAAAUUGCCGUAAACAAAUCUAGUGACAACGGACAACUAUCAGACACAUCUUUGGACAAACCUGCAAUGACGGCAUCGGACAGCAAUGGAGAUGUUGAAUUUCUCACUCGGACCAGAGCACUGGAUCCCGAAAACGUUCUCGAGGCAAUCAAACCAGAUCCAGAGAAUGGCGUUUCUGCGGCCCAAGCACCAUCAUCACAGAUACUACAUGACGACCCGCCUCUUGCAAUAUCAGCCAAUGGUAGACCGCACAAGAAAACGAAACAUCAAAAGAAACCAAGGGACGCUUUUAAUCGUUACGCGUUUGUGUCGGACAAUUGCGUACUUGUCACAACAACCUUUGGACGGGUCUUGCUUGGUCAGCUUGGCUCAUCUAUCAAGUGGAACGAAGUUCUUUUACCUGAAUCAUGCAAAGAGGAUCUGAAAUCAUAUUCAAUGAUCAAGAGCCUUCCUAAGCUAGGGAUUGCCUUUCUAACCAACGCAAAUGGCAAGAUCUAUAUGUACCGGAUCGGAUCGACCAUUGUCAAAGUGGCACAAGUCACCGGGAAAGUUGGCGAUAUGUUUACUCUCUUCGAUCCUGAAUCAAGAAUCAUAACUCUCGUGGUGACCACUUUAGGGGGUAAAGAUGCCGUUCUGUUUACAUUUGAGCAGAAUUCUCUUUCGCCGCUUACUCUGAGUGGUGUCCCAUAUCACCUCCCCGAAAAUUUUGUUGUUACUAGUGUUGGAAAGAGCAACACAAGGUUGGCGUUUGGUGCUAGAAAUGGAUCAUUCUCCUUAUAUGAAAUCGGAAGGAAUACGGGGCCUCUCCAUACCUGGAAUCCAGACGAAAACACCAUUCCUGGGGAAGCCAUUACGAGCAUUACCUCUCUUCCUGUUUCAGCAAACUGCGACCAAGAUUACUUCUUGACAACAGGUAGAAACGGAAUGUACUCCAUAUUCGCUGUUGCUGUCACCGCCCAGGAGAAUCUGGCGACAGGAUCUAGCAUACGCCAAAUUCAUCAAGGUACACCACCCCUCGGACCAAAUAUUGAAGCUGCAUGGUUCGAUGGUCCGGAUCUACUCCUCUAUGGUUUUAAGGGCAAGAAUUUCAUCGUAUGGAACGAAACCAAUCAGUGUGAAAUCAUGAACGUCGAAUGCGGUGGUGCACACAGAAGCUAUGCAUAUUCCCCCUUGUACAAUAGUAGCGGUGGCCACUUCCUCUACACCAAAGCUUCCAGGCUCUAUAUCCAUUCUCAACCAAGGCCAUCACAUCGAAUUAUCAAACAAGGUGGACAUGGACGAGAGAUAAAAGCUUGUGCUAUCUCACCGGACCGGAAUCUGAUAGCAACCGGGGCUGAAGAUACUGCCAUUCGAAUCUGGAAAUACGAAGAUAGAGGCUCUCCUCUACAGAGCCAUUUUCAAUGCCUUGCAGUCACAGAGAAGCAUACGGCGGGGAUCCAACACCUACAAUGGCAUGGAUCGAAGUAUCUUUUCAGCAGCGGUGGAAAUGAAGAAUUCUACAUUUGGGCAGUCGAAUCCAUUCCAGGCUUCGGUCUCGGUAUUGUUUGCGAAGCAAGCUGUCCCGACCCUAGCGAUGAUCGAGAUUUGAGGAUUAUGAGCUUCGAUGUCACAGAAAUCGCAGAUCCUUCAGGACAUGAUGGGGAAUCGCACUUGUUGAUAAGCUUAGCAUAUUCCGAUUCGACAAUCCGCACCUACAGGUACAGUAAACGCAGCCGAUUUGAGCUGGUAGCCAGUGGAAGAUACACCUCGUCCUGCCUUACACAGAUCCGAAACAUCCAGAUCCAAGGAAAGGAGCUGUACCUGCUAACAGCAGCGACCGAUGGCAAUCUCGUGACAUGGAAGACCGCAGUCUCUGAAUGCUUCUCAGACAUCGGGAAUCAACCCACCCCGCAACUUGUCAGACUAUCAACUCACAAGCUUCACCAGAACGCCAUCAAAUCUCUCGAUGUCACAAUCUCAAGAGCCGAAAAACACAUAGUCGUUGCGACUGGAGGAGACGAUAAUGCUCUCGGUAUCACAAUCUACCGCUCUGAGAACAUGGGUUCGAGACCAAGGAGUAUCAUUCUGAGGUCGGCACACGCUGCCGCCGUUACUGGGCUGUGCUUCGUGCAGGAGGAUGGGAUUUCGAGGGUCGAUCAAUGGAAGGAAAUGAGGAUCGCAAGCUCGAGCAAUGACCAGAGGGUAAAGGAGUGGAGUCUAAGAAUUGGGAGAGAAGGAGAGAUGAAACUCAAGAAGGUGGGAGACGUGUUUACGUCCGUUGCUGAUGCCGGGGAUGUAGCUGCUCUACGGGGCGGCGAGAGUGCAGGGGAAUCAAAGGUGUUGAUUGUGGGAAAUGGGAUGGAGGUCUUUAGCGUUUCUGGGGAUCUUGAACACUGAUUGAUGAAUCAGUGACACUAUGUGUGGACAAUGUAAAACGAGGCUGUCUAGAUUAAUUGCCUAUCUAGGUAAAAGCCUGCUCUGCUAAUCUAGGACAGAUUGGGAUAAAACCGGACAAUUUAACAUGCGGAAG